AUGGAUUAUCCUUUAUAUAAAAGAAAAAAUACAGAAGCCGGAUCACUUCAAGAAAGAAAAAUUGGUGAAAUUAUCGCAAAUAAUCUUGUAGACAAUGGCGCUACAUUACAGAUUGGCAUUGGCGCAAUUUCGGAUGCUACUUUAGCUUCUUUGGUUAAUCAUAAAGAUCUCGGGAUUCAUACCGAAAUGCUUUCAGAUGGAGUACUGAAACUUAUUGAUUGUAAUGCAAUCACAAAUUUGAAAAAGACCAUAUUUCCAGGAAAAGUUAGUUGUCGCUACAUUUACUUCUUAUCAUAUCGAAUGUUAUGUGUUCAUUGA